AUGUCCGACUUCCCACAAGGUCAGCGGGACAAUAACGACCGUCCCGCCCGCGACGUGAAGAAUCACUUGCUGUUUGAGAUCGCGACAGAAGUUGCCCAUCGAGUUGGCGGUAUUUACUCAGUUCUCAAGUCCAAGGCGCCUGUGACGACGGCCGAAUAUGGCGACCGCUACACGCUCAUCGGUCCCUUGAACCACAACUCGGCCGCAGUCGAGGUUGAGGAGCUGGAGCCCACGAAUCCCGAGCUUGCUGCUACGAUUCAGUCCAUGAGAGACCGUGGCAUCGGCAUCCUCUACGGCCGAUGGCUCAUCGACGGUGCUCCGCGAGUCCUGCUCUUCGACACCAAGACAGCCUACCACUUCAUGGAUGAGUGGAAGGCGGAUCUGUGGAACGUUGCCAGCAUUCCCUCGCCGCCUAAUGACGAUGAGACGAACGAGGCCGUCAUUUUUGGAUACGUCGUCGCGUGGUUCUUGGGAGAGUUUGUUUGCCAUGAGAAGAAGAAGGCUGUCAUUGCGCAUUUCCACGAGUGGCUUGCCGGUGUCGCCCUUCCCCUCACUAAGAAGCGUCGCAUCGAUGUGACGACCAUCUUCACCACCCACGCAACCCUUUUGGGAAGGUACCUCUGCGCCGGCUCUGUCGACUUCUACAACAACCUGCAAUGGUUUGAUGUUGAUGCAGAGGCCGGAAAGCGUGGCAUCUACCACCGCUAUUGUAUCGAGCGUGCUGCCGCCCACUCUUGCGACGUUUUCACGACGGUAUCGCACAUUACUGCCUACGAGAGCGAGCAUCUACUCAAGCGCAAGCCGGACGGUGUGCUCCCCAACGGCUUGAACGUCACCAAGUUUUCUGCCAUGCACGAGUUUCAGAACUUGCAUCAGCAGGCCAAGGAAAAGAUCCACGACUUUGUCCGUGGACACUUCUACGGCCACUACGACUUUGACCCCGAGAACACGCUUUACUUCUUCACCGCCGGCCGCUACGAGUUCAGGAAUAAGGGUGUCGACAUGUUCAUCGAGUCUCUGGCCCGGUUGAACCAUCGCCUCAAGACCGCCGGCAGCAAGAUCACCGUCGUUGCCUUCGUCAUCAUGCCGGCCCAGACCACGUCGCUGACAGUCGAGGCUCUCAAGGGCCAGGCCGUCAUCAAGUCGCUGCGUGACACUGUAGACGUCAUCGAGAAGGGCAUCGGACGUCGCAUCUUCGAGCGCUCGCUCAAGUGGCACGACGGUGACCCGAUGCCCGAUGACAAGGAGCUCAUCAGCGCCCAGGACCGCGUCCUCAUCCGCAGGCGGCUGUUCGCGAUGAAGCGCCACGGUCUUCCCCCCAUUGUUACUCAUAACAUGCUCAACGACAGCGAAGACCCCGUCCUCAACCAGAUUAGGCGCGUCCAGCUCUUUAACCACCCUACAGACCGCGUCAAGAUCGUCUUCCACCCAGAGUUCCUGAACUCGGCCAACCCAGUCCUGCCUCUGGACUAUGACGAGUUCGUGCGCGGCACGCACAUGGGUAUCUUCGCGUCGUACUACGAGCCAUGGGGCUAUACCCCUGCCGAGUGCACCGUCAUGGGUGUGCCCAGCAUCACAACCAACCUGUCCGGCUUCGGAUGUUACAUGGAGGAACUGAUUGAGAAUUCGAGCGACUACGGUAUCUACAUUGUCGACCGCAGGACCAAGGGAGUUGACGACUCUGUCAACCAGCUUACGACGCACAUGUUCGACUUUUGCCAAAAGAGCCGUCGUCAACGCAUCAACCAGCGUAACCGUACGGAGCGCCUCAGCGACCUAUUGGACUGGAAGAGGAUGGGCAUGGAGUACGUCAAGGCUCGCCAGCUGGCACUAAGGCGGGCCUACCCAGGCUCCUUCAGCGGCGAUGAGGAGGAGGACUUCAUCCCUGGCGUGGAGCAGAAGAUCUCGCGGCCCUUCUCGGUGCCCGGUUCUCCUCGCGACCGCACUGGCAUGAUGACGCCCGGCGACUUUGCCAGCUUGCAAGAAGGUAGAGAGGGACUGAACACCGAGGACUACGUCGCGUGGAAGUUGCCUGAGGAGGAAGACCCCGAUGAAUACCCCUUCCCUCUUACCCUCCGCGCCAAGCGCCCCUCCGGCCCGGCGAGCCCUCUCGACGGAGUGCAGCUGAAUGGCAACUAA